CAUAUACUCUUCAUGACUUUUCCCAUUGAUCGAAACGUUCGAGUCGAGUAACACAGAGACUGCACUCGUGACUUACAAUAACAUUCGUGUGUAUUACACCUUUUUUUUCUUCUUUCAAAUAAUAUCGCCUCUUUUCUGCUGUUGUUUUUUUUUCUCUCAUUUGCUGUUUUAUUUUGUGUCGUUGCGUAGUGGUUUCUCUCGAUCUCGGUCGAUUUUUAACAAGUGUAAAUCAUUUUUAUAGCAUUCACCUUUGUUGCUAUUUUUUUUUUUGUUGCGCUCUGAGAGUGAUGUGUAUAGAUUUUAUUUCGUGCCGAGAAAUUCAGAGUCAAAUAUCAUGCGAAAUGGAUUACUGUUUGUAUUGCCUGAGCAACAAUCAUGUGAACUGGAAUCGGUCGGAAUAUUCCAACACAGAAUUUAUUGAGUUUAAUUAAGAAAAAUGCGCACAAAUUUUAUCAAUACAACCAGAUCAAGUUGUGCAUUCCAAUGAACAUCGUUAGAUUAACAUUAGCACCGAAACAAAAUGGAAUGUGAAAACGAGGAGAUGGAUGUGUUUAGUGUAUAUAUACAAUAGUAUUAACCAAACAACAGCAACAGCAAAUUUUACCUAGGAAAAUAAAAAUAAAAGAAACGAUGAAUCGAAACGGGACUCAACACCCAGAACAUCGUUGAACAUCAAAAAGCGAAAGCGACACAAAAGUUAGAAAAAAUUUAAUUAAACACGAAAAUCAUAUGUUUGUGCGCGAUUUUCGUAUAUCAAGUGAAAGCAACAACAGAAAUUGAAAGAAGAAAAAAAAUACAUAGAAAAAGAAAAAGAAGAAGAAGUAAUUAUCUCAGUUCUGAAAAAAAAAAAAAAAAUAGACGAAAUCAUCAAGCAAGAACGUCGACGACGACGACAACGACGCUGCUGCCAUUCUAUAUACGAUAGUACCGUGUAUUUGAACAAGGACAAGUGUGCUCGUAUAUGUUGUAUGUGCGUCAAUGUGCAAAAAGUGAGGAUUUUGCCCAAAAAAAGAAGAGAGCGAGAGAAAAAAACAGAAUCAGCCGUAGAAAAGUCAACAUCAAAAAGCAAAUAGAAAAUAAUUCAAUUUGAAUACGCGCACGUCGGGACAUACUAAGCGACAGCACCUCGCACACAAUGGAUUGCCAUCAAAUAUUGAGCGGCGCUUGCAAUGUGGGCGACAAAUGCUUUGCAAUUGGUUCGGUUGAGGGAAUCAAUUUUACAGCAUAUGCAGCCGGCUGCAACAUUGUAAUUUUGGCGAGUACAUUCGAACGUGUUCAAAUCAUCCCGGGCGCAACUCACAAUUACAUUCGAAUAUCAGCGCUAGACUGCAGCACCGAUACGGGAAAAAUUGCGGCCGCCUAUGAGAACAAAGUGUGCAUUUUCGAGCCAACACCAUUGAUUCAUAGCCAAAGCGGUCCGGCACAUGGACUGGAAUAUCGAUGGGUCCAAACUGGUUCACUCCAAGCCGAUUCACACAUCAGUUCACUGUCAUGGAACCUCGAAGGUACCAGACUGUUGACUGGUGGUGUCACCAUUCAAAUGUGGCACGAACGAAUCACAAACAAAGAAGAGGACCCGGCAACUGUCACAUUUGAAAUAGGGGGUGGCGGCAGUGAUCGUGGUGAUCCAAAAACACCAAACAAUGAAGAGGAACCAGAAUGGGAAUGCGUAUGGAAAUGUCAUACGGCAACGCCGGUACAUCAUAUGUCAUUUAGUCCGGAUGGCACACUGUUCGCAACGUCCGGUAAAAGUGAUCGUUUGGUAAAGAUUUGGUAUGAAAACAAAAAUGUGCUCUUCCCGAACAAAAGUAUGGAUCAAGCGCACUUUGGUUCGAUGGCAUCGAACGGUCAAGUUGAGUUAAACUAUGGGUUUGUUUACAUAGCGCAUCCACGGGCUGUUACCCAUUUGUCGUGGCGAAAGACCAGUAAAUACAUGCCAAAAGGUUCCGUAUCGAAUAUGCUCGUCACAUCGUGUUUAGAUAACAUAUGCCGUAUUUGGAUUGAAACCGUUUUGCCCGACGAUGGCCUAGUGAAUAUGAAUCAAUUCGAUCCGUUGGCAACACAAAACCCCAAAUUCCGAACACAUCGACAUAAACAUCGAUUUAUGCAACGUCUCAAACACAUGAAGACGUGUUUCCACAUUCGACGCCAUGCAAAACACCACAAUGGCAAUACCCAUCAUAUUGGUCAAACGGUGGGUUCUGUGUAUGGUUCAACACUUGCAAAUGGCAAUUUUGGCCAAUCGCCAAUUCCAUCGUUACCAUCAACGUACAGUGUACAUGAUUUUCAUUCGUAUGGUUACCAUGGCACUGGAGUCACGCCCGGUUUGCAUUUCCAUUUGGCCGCUUCGAUCAACGCUGAAACCGACAUACCUCUAGUCCCGUCGAUGCAAUCGAACGAUCCAUCGAAUCAACCGAAUUUCAUUUUACACUGGCUCAACAACAAAGAGAUGCAUUUCACUAUGCAAGCCGAAUCCAUACUACAGGAGCUCACGCGAAAAGUCAUCGAAAAAGAGCAAAUGAAUAAUAUAUCGAGUGGCACCAGUGAACACAAUUCCGAUGGUCAUGAUGGGCACGAACAGAGUGAACCACAUCAACAGCAACCACAUCCGUCACAAAACCAACUAUCGGCUGAAGAGCCAAAAAGACGUUUUGGUAAAAGUCAGAAAUCAUUUUCGCACGAUGAAAGUAACAGCGACGAUCAUCUGGGUCAUUCGGUUAAAUCGGGCGGAGCAUCACAAGCUGGUCUUCACAGUCAUCAUUCGUUAUCGAAUACGACAUCGUUAAAUUCAUUGGCUACAGAUCAUGGUGGUGCAGCUAAUGUUCCUGUCACCGAUUCACUGGAUAUGAAAAUCGAAUGUCUUCUUCGCGAUUGGCAUCACAGUCCGGAUUUAUUGUUUUCAAUCCAUCCAAUCGAUGGAAGCUACUUGAUUUGGGUCGUUGAAUGGCUCGACGAAUACCAUCCCGGAUCGUUUAGACAAGCGCAAAUUUCAUUUUCAACACGAAUACCAUCCGGUUUUCCGCUAGGAGAUGCAAUGUCAAUGUCAACUUCGGUUAACCUCUACAAUACCGGCGGUCAUUUAUUACAUUUUCGUGAAAUGGUGAAAGGUGUACCUAGUUCAGUAGUUAGUCAAGCGGCAGCGAAUAUGGAAAAUCCCGGCGAUCCAACGACACCGUUGCCCAGCGUGCAAGAAGAAUCAGAGGAGCAAGCACAACAAGAGGAAGGCAGAAAAAGUGUUACGAAAACAGUCAAUGCAAAUCAAAACGCUGCCGGCGAUGGAUCAGAAGAGGAACAACCACCGGAUAUAUUAACAGCUCCACCGUCGCCAACCAUAUCAAUGGUAACCAAACAUGCGAACGGAACGUUGAACUUAUGGCAACUCACCUUCGCCGAUAAAUCGAAAUUCACUCAGGUUCUGAGUAUAGGUCACGUGUCACGUGCAUCAGGUCAUCGUUUCCGUGUCAACGACAUCACUUGUCAUCCAGUGUUGCCGUUGCUGUUAACCACAUCUCAUCACAACAUUCCAGAUACGCCACCCGAUUCGAAUGCCCCUUACAGCCCGAAUCUGUUCACACCAAAUAAAGGAAAAGACGUUUGUGUACCAACUGGUUUUUGUUCCGAGUUGAUUUUGUGGCGUGUCGAUUCCGUUGGACCACUUGCACAGUCCGGAGGCGUUGAAGAACUGGCACGAAUCAAUUCAUUGGAAAUAUCUGCAUUCAGUAAUGUCGCUUGGAUUCCAACCCUAUUGCCGAGCACAACUCUGGGCAGUUUGAGUAAUUCACCAUCAGCUUGCUUCGUUGCCAGUGAUGGUGAAUGCUUACGCGUCUAUCAGGCCGUUAUCGAUGCUCGCACUCUCUUGGCAGAGGUAUCGAGCAGUGAGCGAAAGACUCGCAUGAUGGAUUCCAUGGUAUCAUUGUCGUCAGAAGGUUCAUCCGAUAAUGCUGCUCCACAACAGCCAUGGCAUACGAAAAUUAAAAUCGUUUCGCAACAAUCAACAGCUCGUCCCGGCUGCAUAAUCCAACUGGAUGGCAUUGAUGAUGCAACGCACGAUUGGCAAAACACACAAUUCCUACACGUUUUCCAAGAGCAGCUCAUAACUGGCGAACGAAACGAGGUCCGAACCAUUCCGGUGGCCGAAAACUUCGAUUUGGGCCUCAUGGAAAAUCAAAUGAGCGCAAUAGUCGAUCUACAACAGAAUGCAGUAUUUGAGGAACCAUUUUACAUUGUUUUAAUCGAACGUACAACGAACGGAAGCACCAUUCAUAUGUGGCGCAUUGUGAUUGCAUCGCAACCCGAAACGAAUGAUUUAACUGAAAGCACAAUGUAUGUACCUGAUGGGAAUUUGGUUCAAGAUUUAGACGAACCCGAUCCGACUGGACGUCGACAAUCACUUGCCGGUUAUAAUUUAAAUAACGAAGGAAAAGUGUUCAAUGCCGCUGAAGCUCCGCAUGUUAGUAUUAAAACGACAAAAGUAUGCACACAAGAGUUACCAUUGCCCGAAGGAGUUGAUGUGGUUCAUGCAUCACCGGCUGCCGGCCAUUUAAGUUCAUCGUCAAUUUAUCCAGCUUGCUUUGCGCCGUAUAUCAUUGUGACGGCUUGUUCAGAUUCAACAUCACGUUUUUGGCGUUGUAAAAUCGUUAAAAAUGGCGACGCCGACGAUGCGAACGCAUUUGCAACGCGUGACAAUUGCAAAUACGAAUGGUGUGAAUGGGAUAUGUUGAGCCGUGAUCGUGAAUCGACAAUUGAAGUGCCGGGACAACCGUUGCACAUAAGUGCCGCAUAUUCGGGACGAAUUGCGUGCGCUUACAAGUAUGGAAAAUCAUUUACGCGUCCACACAAAGGUGAUCCAGAUUCGCGAUAUGUUAAUUUGUGCGUAGGAAUUUAUGAGUGUGAAAGUACCGGUGGCAGUGAGUGGAUCCUUGAAGAUACAAUCCAUUUGAAGAAUGUUCAUUUGCCGCGCAUCAACCUCGAUCCACAUUUGGAUUUGAGCUAUUUGCAUGACCGAAGCAUGCUGCAGAAGAAGCAAAAGUUAACACAAGUUAUUCAGAAUUUGACACAUGAUGAAUCACGAUCACCACGAAACGGUGAGGUUACACCGGACGGUUUACCAAAACCGAGCACACUGUUGGCCGUUCCAAGUUUCAGUACGUUGCAAUCGUUGCGACGAAGUAUCAUCGAAAAUGGCAAUACAUGCCCGUUGACACAAAAGCAUUUGGUGCAAUUGGAUUGGGUGUCCAAGGAAGAUGGAGCGCAUAUAUUGACUGUAGCUGUGGGUAGUAAAAUUCUAUUGUACACAUCAGUGUCUAGUGAUUUAGCACAAGCAAAUAUUAAAGCAAUGAAAGAAUCACAAUCAUCAAAUCGGCCACUGUUGCGAAAAGCCAGCUCAUUGGCACAGCCCCAUUUUAAUGAUGAAAUCCGUUGGAUGAAAUUGCGUCAGAUUGAAUUGCACACGGCCGACGGUUUGCCACCGUUACCGAUGCAAUUGUCAUGGGUACGAGACGGAAUUCUUGUGGUCGGUAUGGAUUCGGAAAUGCACGUCUAUUCACAAUGGAAAGCGCACAAAAAUGCAAACAACAUCGAUAUGGAAGAUAUUCAAGACACAAGAAAUUUACGCGAUGAAGAUCUACGAACGAUGGCCAAUGAGAAUACACAGCGACGUAUGGCGUCUGCUGCAUCAAUUACACAUUUGAAUCGAGCCGUUGGUUCGAUGACUUUGCCAAUACUGUCGAAUGAUAAGAAACGCAAAUUGGGCCCAGCCACCAGUACCAAUCAAUUGAAUAACCUCGAUCAAGGACGCAUUCAUGAUUACAUGCCCGAUUUUGGUCUGUUUGAAGCAUCACGAAUUGCAUGCCCCGUUCUGCCACAGUAUCAUCCGAAACAGCUGAUGGAACUGCUCAAUUGCGGUAAAAUCCGAUGGGUCAAAGCGAUUUUAGCGCAUUUGGUUCGAUGCAUCAGCGGAACCUACAUUAAUCGCUCGAACGGAAACACCAGUGGAGAUGAAGAAAAUAUCAAUCAUCAGCGAGGUUGGUCGAGAUCUCGCACAUUGUCUGUGAGUUACGUUGCUGGCACCGCAAGUCCUUUAGAACAAAGAGGAUCUACAACACAGCUUCCUGAAGAGUUAACACUUGAUUAUGCGGAAAUUACAUCGAUUCCUCCGUUGCCACUGUGGACACUUUUGGCUGCUGACCGAGAACAAAGUCAAUCCAAACAGAAUGAGGGAGAGAAAAAGGAUUACAACGAUUUGUUUGAUUCGAACUUGGAUAAUGAAGACAAUCUGGACGAUUUGCUGGAGGAUGAUGGUGAUCGUCAACAAAGAUUCGACGCACGUCGACCGUCGUUGCCAAGUGAACGGCAAAGUUUAUCGCAUUUCGGACCGCGUCAAGGUCAACUCAUAUCACGUUUGUUGACUCACACUCACUUGCCCGGUCUAUCAUCGCUUGAUCAAAUGCAUUUAUUGGCAUUAGCCGACACCGUUGCCACGUGCAACACCGAUUUUGCCGAACGAUUCAUUAACGAUGCUGCAAAGACGGCUAUAUCAAAGGAGAACCUAACGGGUGUUCCGGAAAAUGUUAGCACCGAUUCACUGGAUGAUUGUGGUCUUCGCUUCUUGCUUGCAAUGAAGCAUUAUACCUAUUUGUUGCGAUGCUUACCGCUUGCACAACGAACGCAAUUCCAAAAACAAGGUGUCGUUUCAUCGAAUGUCGUGUGGGCUUUCCAUUCAGAAAGUGAAGAAGAAAUCCUCAAUCUGAUUCCAUCGUAUGCAAAAGAUCAGUUGAGAUGGGCCACGUUGAAAGAGCUUGGCGUCGGUUGGUGGUUGAGAAACAACUCUUUGCUGCGUAGAUGUAUCGAAAAAUUGGCCAAAUCGAGCUAUCAAGCCAAACAGGAUCCAAUGGACGCCGCUCUGUAUUACAUUGCGAUGAAGAAAAAAUCGCUGGUCUGGGGUUUGUAUCGAUCGAGAAGAGACGAGAAGAUGACAGCGUUCUUUGCGAACAAUUUCCAGGAGGAUCGCUGGCGAAAGGCUGCACUGAAAAAUGCAUUCGCCCUGUUGGGAAAACAGCGAUUUGAGCAUGCCGUGGCAUUCUUCUUGCUGGCCAAUUCAUUGAACGAUGCUAUUGAAGUUUGCCUAACCAAAUUGGAAGAUUUGCAAUUGGCUUUGGUUAUCACGCGUUUAUACGAAGGUGAACAUGAUGCCACACCGCCGAGCUACAGAAAAUUACUCUACGAGGAGGUUUUAGGCUGUGACAGCGAUGGAAACAAUCAAGACAUUAGCCGUGCACAUCCAGAUCCAUUCUUGCGAUCGAUGGCCCUUUGGCUGCUGAAAGACUAUUCGGGCAGUUUGAAUACACUGCUGUUGAACAAUGUUGGUUUGAAUCAUCCCAGCCAUAUGGAUGAUGAUCCAUUUUUGCGUUCCGAUUCAAAUCAAUCCACAAAUCCGAAUGUAUUCAACUUCUAUAUUUAUCUGCGAACGCAUCCGCUUCUAAUUCGUCAGUACAUUGCAUCGACGGCACAAGAAAAGAAGAAAGCACAAGUGGUGUUGUCUGGUUUCAGCUACAGUGGUGGUGAAAAUACACAGGCACCGACGAAAAUUUGGGGCGAUCGUCAAAUACAAAUCGAAGAUUCGAUCACACCGCUGGAACGGCAGUUAUACUUUACAACCGCUCAUGGUCAUUUCAAAGCCGGUUGUCCGGCACUAGCACUUGAAGUGUUGAGCAAAUUACCUUCGAAGGUUAUCGAACCGGAUGAACCAAGCCAAUUGAAUUCACCAUGCGAUGAACUGCAUGCUGAAUUGAUUGAUACUGGCAUUUUCUCGGAUCAAAAAGGCAAAAUCGAGAAGGCACCACCAAAGAUCGAAAGUACUGACUGGGGAGCACCAACAACAACAGCCACCAGCAAUGGAUUGGACUCCGCCGAUGCAUUGGAUUGGGGUGCUCCAGUUGCGAAAUCGGCCGACGACGAUUUCAAAGUUGUCUGGGAUGAUGAUGGAGAGGAUAACGAUUCCGAUGAGAAUGACAUCGGCCUCAGUAUGGAUGCGAACAAGGCGAAAGAAAAUGAAAAUAGCAAACAACCAUCAAUACAGGAGGAUUCAAAGCAAAGCAAUGGCGAACGUACGGAAAUGCUCGAUAUUAUGGCGCAACAAUUGAAAUUCGUGGCAUGCCUGAAGAUUCUCAUGGAAGAACUGUCAACAUUGGCAACUGGCUUCGAAGUUGACGGUGGCCAAUUGAGAUAUCAAUUGUACGUGUGGCUCGAGAAGGAAGUGGAAGCACUCAAGCAAUUGUGCAACUACAGCAGCAGCGAAUCCGAUAUUGUAGCGAAUGAGGAUGGGAAUCAAGGCGAAACAAAUGACCGUGAAACACCAAUACCUGGCGCUAGACCAUUCAACGAUAGACCCACUUUGCACGAAAUUUUGAUCGCCGAAAAACAAGAUUUUGAAGCGAAAGUACAGCGUGCGGCAAGAAGAAAACGAUGGUUGAAAGCAAAUGAAACACUAUUACGAACACUCCUCAGCUACUGUUCACUUCAUGGAGCUAGCGGAGGUGGAUUGGCGUCAGUGCGAAUGGAACUGGUUUUACUUUUGCAAGAAUUGCAACAAGAAAAGACACAGCAGCAACUACUUAGUCCACUUCCAUUCCCAACCACUUUGCCCUUACUCAGUGCAUGCGUUGCUGGAAAUCGAACCGUUAUCGCUGAUCCAAUACGGUAUCUAGAGGCUCAAACUCACGAUAUGCUUCAAACAAUGGUCGGUCUGCGUUCUCCACCCAUUGGACUGCAAUCAUCUGCUUCCGAGAUAUUUAUUUUACGCGAUUUGGCCGUUGCUUUAUCCGCUUGCAUUUAUCAAUCGUUGUGCGACUCUGAUACAUUUAUUGUGAAACAGAGCGCUGACACAAACGGUUGCCAUAGCCCCGGCAUGGAAACAUUGGCACGUCUAAAUGCCAGCUGUCAAAGUACACAUUUGAUGGCAAAUGCUGGUGGUAGUCGUCGCCGUCGAAAGUAUUCCUCCGAUGAGCCAAUCGCGGUGAGCACAUUGCCAUCAAAAUGGCCCGGAGUUACCAAUUUGAGGGCGCUGCUUGCUCGUGAAAAAGACGAAGAUACACCACGAUUGAACGUAUUACUUUGCGAAGCAUUUAUGGCAACAUUCAUGUCGUUGCUGGUUUACGGGCUGUCGACUUGCGAUUGUCACAUUUUGUAUCGCUUGGCCGGCCAGAAAUUUACAAAUCUAUCAUGGGGCAAUCUGUUUGGCGGCGGUGUCAAAAAACUACUGAGAAAAGCCAGUUCUAGGGCACACGCUACAAUUCAGGAAAUUUCACAAACAUCACAAGACACAAUCAUCGAAAAUGGCGAAGCAACCAAUGCAGAGAGUGGCGUUUGGGGUGCAGUCACUUCGAUUACCAAACAACGAGUGAAACUCAACAUGAAAUUGCUCGGUCAUUUUGGCGGUUCACAAGGAUCACCGAAUAUGAAAGAAGACAAACCAACCUAUCGUGAACAAUUCGUACCACCAGACAUGUCAAUGGUUUCAUAUUUCAUGGCUAAACCGUCGAUAAGAGGUUUUUUUUUCUCUUCUAAUUCAAUGAAAAUUGUUUAUAAUUCGAAUGUUUAUUUUUCCACAGAAAUUGACGACGACGAAUAUGAUUCGGCCGAUUCAAUCAGCUCUGAUAUCGACGAAGAUGAGGAUGAUGAUGUAUUCGCUGAUCCAUUGAACAAUGAUCCGAAAGCUAGUCAAGCGUCAGCUGCCGUGAAGAAACAUCGCCGUGAAAAUACCGAACACUCCAAUCCAUACUCAUAUUCAUGGUUGAUCAUGCGCACAGCCAUCCUGCGCAUCGCUCAAAAUCAAUUGCAAGAUUUUAUCGCCGUUGCUGGCAUUGAAAUGCAAGAAUUACCGGUUGCUAGUCCAUUGACACAUGGUGUUUUACGGAGAUUGAACUCAUGGAUUGAAAUUCUCAAAGAAGAUUUGGCAAUGCGCGGUCCGGCACCGAUAGAUUUUAUUCCUGGUUGCUUCAUUGAGUCCGAUAUUAAGGGGCCGGCAAUUCACAAAUAUCGAUCUCUGUUGGAAAAACACAAUACGCCAUUCAGUCCAAUUCAAGCGUCCUCUGCACCAGCACGCCGGCUGUGGCAUUUCCUGGUGCGACAAGAACCCGUUCAAGACAUUUUCAUUCGAUCCGUUUUCGGUAAGAAACGUACAACAUCAUCGGCUGGUGACAAUGCAUCCGUUGCUCCAUCGGUCAUCAACGAUGCCACUUCGGGCAGUUGCGUCGAUGGACACACAAGCGAUCGCGAUCGCAACGGUCAACCUGUCUCCGAACCCGUUCGCAUCAUACACAAAGAUCAAGAAUCGAUAUCGGCAUUCUGUUUGAACAACGUAAAUCCCGGUCUUAUUUCAUUGUCAACGCCAAGAGAGGUGCAGGAAAUGGAUAUUUCGUUGUUGCUCGAAUCACCCAAUUGGAUGGAAGACGAAUGCGAACUAGAUAUUUUAAACUUGAACAAAGACUCCGAUUUGAUUCCCUCAAGCAAUUUCCUCGUUAUUCAAGCCUCUUCCGAAAAGAGUAUUCUAAACCAAGCACAGCAUGCUGCCACAAAUUAUGGCGUCCCGUCGAGUCCAACAUCGACGAUGGCUCCACAAUCUGGCCGCGGAGCGUCAGUGAUUAAGGGAGCCACAUUUCCGGGAAGUCAUGAUCCACGCUUUUGUAAACUGGUCAUUGAAUAUUCUAAGCACUUACUCAAACCGGUAUUGAAACACAAAGUCGACAAUAUAAAACGAAUGUGCGCACACCCAUUGAUGCCAUUGUACCUAACUGGUGGCCAAGAUGGUUCGGUUCAGAUGUGGGAAUGGGGACACCAACAAGUCGUUUGCACACCACGACCACCCGGGACAUUUGCCAAAGUGACACGAUGCCGGUUCUCACAGCAUGGCAACAAAUUCGGUAUCGCCGAUGGCGAUGGCAAUUUAAGCUUAUGGCAGGCCAGCUUAGCAUCACAAUCCAAUCGAUCAUUCUUUACCUAUCAAUGCCACAAUAAAGGAAUCUCGGAUUUCGUAUUUUUGGGCUCGUGCAGUUUAGUUGCCACGGCUGGCCACAGUUCAGAAAGUAAGAACGUUGGAUUAUGGGACACAUUGUUGCCGCAAAAGAAAUCGCUGGUUGCAUCAUUCGCAUGCCACGAACAAGGAGCAUCGAGUUUGAUUUAUGCGCCACAGCAUCAGUUGUUGAUUUCGGCUGGUAAAAAGGGUGACGUUUGCAUAUUCGACGUACGGCAACGAUCACUACGCCAUCGAUUCCAAGCGCAUGAAAGUGCAAUCAAAUGCUUGGCUAUCGAUCCGCAUGAAGAGCACUUUGUAACUGGUUCGGCCGACGGUGAUAUUCGAGUAUGGGGUCUAUCGGUUCAUACCUCAUUGUACACGUACCACGGUGAACAUGCGAAGAGCAGUUUCUUCAAGCACAUUGGUCAAGGUGUGACACAGAUCCAAGUCGAUGCGCAAGGACGCCUAUUUUCAUGCGGUGCUGAUGGUUCAAUGAAAGUGCGUCAACUACCCGACCGAGAGUCAAUCGUCCAAACUUUAUACUAAAGCGAAUAUUAAAAUAAAACAAACAUGUAUAAUGAAACACAUACCAAAAAUAAGACAACACGACGAAAAAGGAAUGAGAAUAACCACAUAAACAACCACAAACACACACUAACACAGCUCAAGUGAUAUGUAUAAAAAGGGAGAAGGCACUCUGCAAAGAAAAAACGAAAACAAAAAAACAAUGCAGUCGACUUAAUUAUUAUCAUCAUAGCGACAAUAUUACAAGAAAAACAAACAAUAUCCUAUAAUUUUAAACUAAAACCUAGGAAUUUCACAUUGUAUGGGGAAAAAAAGCUGUUAUAUUGAGUAUUUAUUUCUAUUUGUUAUGCAAUUAAUUUUUAUUUGUUAUUUAUUGAAAUUUUCGAAGAACAUGGGGAAGUUUUCAUAAAUUUAUCUACCAAAUGAUGCAAAAAAAAUAAGAGAAAGAGUAAAGAAAAUAAACAUUUUGAUCAAUGGAAUGCAGUCAAAAAAAAUGGAGAGUGCUGCAUGUGAUGUUAGAACGAACACCACGCUGUUCGUCAACAGUUCAAGAGAUAGGAAGAAUAGGAUUUUCGCUAAGCAUGGCAAUUUUAGUGAUGUUUUAAAACAAAAUGAAGAAGAAAAACCAACACGGUGAAUUUAUCUAUUUAUUGUAACUUAUUCCAAACGAAAUAAAUAUCGAGUUAAACAUUUAUGAGUAGGAGUCAAAACAA